AUGGAACUCUACCGAGAACAUUUUCGCGCCAUAAUUUAUUACAACUUUCAGAGACAAUUAUCGCAACAAGAAUGCCUUGCUGAGUUAGUGUCUGUUUUCGGCAACGAAGCACCACAUCAGUCGACAAUUUCCCGUUGCUAUGGAGAAUUCAAACGUGGACGGGUGAGUCUUAGCGACGAUCCCAUGGUGGGUGCACCAAAAACGGCAAUUGAGGCGUCCUUGAAGAUCUCAGAGACCUCAAUUCAAAAAAUUUUACAUGAAGAAUUAGGAGUAAGAAAAUUAGUUUCUCGUUGGAUACCCCACCUGUUGACUGAAGAGCAGAAAGCAGCCAGGGUUAAUUGGUGUCAAAAAACGCAUGACCUUUUUAAUUUCGGAAACUCAAAAAUGUCUGAAGAAAAGCCAACAAAAGUCAUCCGUUCUCGAAGUGUUUCGAAAAAGAUGGUCGCCAUAUUUCAAAGAACUGUUACUGCGGAUUGGUAUACCACCAUUUGUUUGCCAAAAGUCAUCAUCGAGCUUCGAAAAAUCAACCCCGAAAUAAGAAUCAUCCUCCACCAAGACAAUGCAAGCUCGCACACAGCCCAAAAAACAAAUCAGUAUUUAACGGAAGAAAAGUGGAAUUAUUGGACCAUCCUCCAUAUAAGUCCUAAUGAUUUCUUUACUUUCCCGAAAAUUAAAAACAGACUGCGUGGUCAAAGGUUCCAGUCACCAGAAGAAGCAGUUGACGCAUUCAAGAAUGCCGUUUUGGAUCUGUCAGCAAACAAGUGGAAUAAGUGCUUCGAAAAUUGGUUCGAGCGCAUGCAGAUGUGUAUUAAUCUUCGUGGAGAAUACUUUGAAAACAAUAAAAUCAUUUAAAACUA